CGGGAGGACGCUGCGCAGUGCAUCUUGGGUCGGCGUAGCCAUGGCGGCUCGUGUCCUUUCCGCCUGUGUCCGCCGCUUGCCCGCGGCCUUCGCGCCGCUGCCGCGGGUCCCCACGCUGGCCCUAGCCCGGCCGCUCAGCACUGCCUUGUGUCCCGUGGGCACUCGGAGGAGGGCCGGGGCGACACAGCCGGCCUCGCCGUUCGCACAGGUUCCAGGGAGUGUUACACAGUUGUGUCGUCAGUACAGUGACCUGCCCCCUUUGACAUUAGAGGGAAUCAAGGACCGAGUUCUGUACGUUUUGAAACUCUACGACAAGAUUGACCCAGAAAAGCUCUCGGUAAAUUCCCAUUUUAUGAAAGACCUGGGCUUAGACAGUUUGGACCAAGUGGAGAUUAUCAUGGCCAUGGAAGAUGAAUUUGGGUUUGAAAUUCCUGAUAUAGAUGCAGAAAAGUUAAUGUGUCCACAAGAAAUUGUAGAUUACAUUGCAGACAAGAAGGAUGUAUAUGAAUAAAAUAUCAGAGAGGACUCAGAUGAUAGCAGUGAGCAUCUGCAAGGGAGAGUGCGCCCGGACGUGGGGAAUUUGACAGCCACUUCGCUGGACUUGUAUUUAAAUAGUUUGCUUUGCCCUUUGAAAAUAAAUCUAUAAAACCAG